AUGCGAUCGCUCACCGAGGGUCUAAGUGAUCCUCCUCCGACGCUGGAAGAGGGUGAGAAGCAAGUCGACUGGAGCCGCUCUUUCCACGGAAUCUCUUCAACACCUUUCAGCGCAGAGGCUGGCGCCAUCUUGAUGCAAGAGGUUCCUUUCGACGACAUUGAAAUCAAGCCCGACGGCAUCAUCUACCUGCCCGAGAUCAAGUACAGAAGAAUCCUAAACAAGGCUUUCGGCCCCGGAGGAUGGGGUCUCGUGCCUCGUGGAGAGACUAUCGUGACGGACAAGCUUGUUACCAGAGAGUACGCUCUGGUUUGUGGUGGACAACUCGUUUCGAUAGCCCGCGGCGAACAACAAUACUUUGACCCUAAUGGCAUCCCUACGGCGACCGAAGGCUGCAAGUCCAACGCUCUCAUGCGCUGCUGCAAGGACCUGGGCAUUGCGUCUGAGCUCUGGGACCCGCGAUUUAUCAGAAAAUACAUGAAGGAGAUGGGCAAGGAGAUUAUCGUCGAGCACGUCGUCACAAAGAAGAGAAGAAAGCAUUUCAUGAGAAAGGAUGACGAGCUCAAGUACCCCUUCAAGGAGGUCAUCAUUCCUGGUCAGUCUCCUGUUAGAAAGUGA